CCCCUUCUUACAGCCAGGGGAAAGGGAAUGCCCAAUUCAGAGAGACAUGGGGGCAAGAAGGACGGGAGUGGAGGAGCUUCUGGAACUUUGCAGCCGUCAUCGGGAGGUGGCAGCUCCAACAGCAGAGAGCGUCACCGAUUGGUGUCGAAGCACAAGAGGCAUAAGUCCAAGCACUCCAAAGACAUGGGGUUGGUGACCCCCGAAGCAUCCUUGGGUACAGUUAUCAAACCUUUGGUGGAGUAUGAUGACAUCAGCUCUGAUUCAGACACCUUCUCUGACGACAUGGCCUUCAAAUUAGAUAGGAGGGAGAAUGAUGAACGUCGUGGAACGGAUCGGAGCGACCGCCUGCACAAACAUCGUCACCACCAGCACAGGCGUUCCCGGGACUUACUAAAAACUAAACAGACCGAAAAAGAAAAAAACCAGGAAGUCUCCAGCAAGUCAGGAUCGAUGAAAGACCGAGUAUCAGGAAGUUCAAAGCGUUCAAAUGAGGAGAACGAUGACUAUGGUAAGGCACAGAUAUCCAAGAGCAGCAGCAAGGAAUCCAGGUCAUCCAAACUCCAUAAGGAAAAGACCCGGAAAGAACGUGAGCUAAAGUCUGGACACAAAGAUCGGAGUAAAAGUCAUCGAAAAAGGGAAACACCCAAAAGUUACAAAACAGUGGACAGCCCCAAACGGAGAUCCAGGAGUCCCCACAGGAAAUGGUCUGACAGCUCCAAACAAGAUGACAGCCCCUCAGGAGCUUCUUAUGGUCAAGAUUAUGACGUUAGUCCUCCGAGAUCUCAUACCUCUAGCAAUUAUGACUCCUACAAGAAGAGUCCUGGAAGUACCUCAAGAAGGCAGUCCAUCAGCCCACCUUACAAGGAGCCUUCUGCCUAUCAGUCCGGUACUCGGUCCCCCAGCCCCUACAGUAGACGACAGAGGUCUGUGAGUCCUUACAGCCGGAGACGGUCGUCCAGCUAUGAAAGGAGUGGCUCUUACAGCGGGAGAUCACCCAGUCCCUAUGGUCGAAGGCGCUCCAGCAGCCCUUUCAUGAGCAAGCGGUCUCUCAGUCGAAGUCCGCUCCCCAGUAGGAAAUCCAUGAAGUCCAGAAGUAGAAGUCCUGCAUAUUCAAGACACUCAUCUUCUCAUAGUAAAAAGAAGAGAUCUGGGUCACGAAGUCGUCAUUCCAGUAUCUCACCGGUCAGGCUUCCACUGAAUUCCAGCCUGGGAGCUGAACUCAGUAGAAAAAAGAAGGAGAGAGCAGCUGCUGCAGCUGCAGCAAAAAUGGAUGGAAAGGAAUCAAAGGGUUCACCUAUAUUUUUACCUAGGAAAGAGAACAGUUCAGUGGAGGCUAAGGAUUCAGGCUUGGAGUCUAAAAAGUUACCCAGAGGUGUAAAAUUGGAAAAAUGUGCCCCAGAUACUGAACUGGUGAAUGUAACGCAUUCAAAUACAGAGGUCAAAAAUUCUGUAGAUACAGGGAAGGUAAAGUUGGAUGAGAACUCUGAGAAGCAUCCUGUUAAAGAUUUGAAAGCACAGGGAACAAGAGACUCUAAACCCAUAGCACUGAAAGAGGAGAUUGUUACUCCAAAGGAGACAGAGACACCAGAAAAGGAGACCCUUCCACCUCUCCCCAUAAUUACUUCUCCUCCACCUCCUUUACCAACUACUACACCUCCACCUCAGACACCCCCUUUACCACCUUUGCCUCCACUACCAACUAUUCCACAACAACCACCUCUGCCUCCUCCCCAACCAACAUUUAGUCAGGUUCCUAUUCCUAGUAGUUCAACUUUUCCCUCUUCUACUCAUCCAAGGACAUCUACUCUGUCCUCUCAGGCAAAUUCUCAGCCCCCUGUACAGGUUUCAAUGAAGACUCAAGUAACUGUAACAGCUGCUAUUCCACACUUGAAAACUUCCACGUUGCCUCCUCUGCCCCUCCCACCCUUGUUACCUGGAGAUGAUGACAUCGAUAGCCCAAAAGAAAUUCUUCCUUCAAAACCUGUAAAGAAAGAGAAGGAACAGAGGACACGUCACUUACUCACCGACCUCCCUCUCCCUCCUGAGCUCCCUGGUGGGGAUCCAUCUCCCCCAGACUCUCCAGAGCCAAAGGCAAUUACACCACCUCAGCAACCAUACAAAAAGAGACCAAAAAUUUGUUGUCCUCGUUAUGGAGAAAGACGACAAACAGAAAGUGACUGGGGGAAACGAUGUGUGGACAAGUUUGAUAUUAUUGGGAUUAUUGGAGAGGGAACCUAUGGCCAAGUAUAUAAAGCCAAGGACAAAGACACAGGAGAACUAGUAGCUCUGAAGAAGGUGCGAUUAGACAAUGAGAAAGAGGGAUUCCCAAUUACAGCCAUUCGUGAGAUCAAAAUUCUUCGUCAGUUAAUCCACCGAAGUGUUGUUAACAUGAAGGAAAUUGUUACAGAUAAACAAGAUGCACUGGAUUUCAAGAAGGACAAAGGUGCCUUUUACCUUGUAUUUGAGUAUAUGGACCAUGACUUAAUGGGAUUGCUAGAAUCUGGUUUGGUGCACUUUUCUGAGGACCAUAUCAAGUCAUUCAUGAAACAACUAAUGGAAGGAUUGGAUUACUGUCACAAAAAGAAUUUCCUGCAUCGGGAUAUUAAGUGUUCUAACAUUUUGCUGAACAACAGUGGUUGAGUGCCCCUGAAAGACUAUGGCUGGGCUCUCCUUUUUAAUUUUGAAAAAGGUCGUCCUUACACAAACAAAGUUAUUACUCUAUGGUACCGACCUCCUGAGCUGCUGCUGGGGGAAGAGCGCUAUACACCAGCCAUAGAUGUCUGGAGCUGCGGGUGCAUCCUUGGGGAACUGUUCACAAAGAAGCCUAUAUUUCAAGCCAAUCUGGAACUGGCUCAGCUAGAACUGAUCAGCCGUCUCUGUGGUAGCCCUUGUCCAGCUGUGUGGCCUGAUGUUAUCAAACUACCCUACUUCAACACUAUGAAACCGAAGAAGCAAUAUAGAAGGCGUUUGCGAGAAGAAUUUUCUUUCAUUCCUUCAGCAGCACUUGAUUUAUUGGACCACAUGCUGACACUAGAUCCUAGCAAGCGUUGCACAGCCGAACAGACCCUACAGAGUGACUUCCUUAAAGAUGUUGAGCUCAGCAAAAUGGCUCCUCCAGACCUCCCUCACUGGCAGGAUUGCCAUGAAUUGUGGAGUAAGAAACGGAGACGGCAACGACAAAGUGGUGUUGUGGUAGAAGAGCCACCUCCAUCCAAAGCCUCUCGGAAAGAAACUACCUCAGGGACAAGUGCUGAGCCUGUGAAGAACAGUAGCCCAGCACCACCUCAGCCUGCUCCUAGCAAGGUGGAGCCUGGGGCUGGGGAUGCAAUAGGCCUUGGUGACAUCACACAGCAGCUGAAUCAAAGUGAAUUGGCAGUGUUAUUGAACCUGCUACAGAGCCAAACUGACCUGAGCAUCCCUCAGAUGGCACAGCUGCUUAACAUCCACUCCAACCCAGAGAUGCAACAGCAGCUGGAAGCCCUGAACCAGUCUAUCAGUGCCCUGACAGAAGCCACUUCCCAGCAGCAAGACUCAGAGUCCAUAGCCCCAGAGGAGUCUUUGAAAGAGGCACCCCCUACUUCUGUAGUCCAGCCUUCAACAGAACAGACAACCUCUGAAGCUUCAAGCACACCAGCUGACAUGCAGAAUAUGUUGGCAGUUCUCUUGAGUCAGCUGAUGAAAACCCAGGAGCCAGCAGGCAACCUGGAGGAAAACAACAGUGACAAGAAUAGUGGGCCACAGGGGCCCCGAAGAACUCCCACAAUGCCACAGGAGGAGGCAGCAGAGAAGAGGCCCCCUGAACCCCCUGGACCUCCACCGCCGCCACCUCCACCCCCUCUGGUUGAAGGCGAUCUUUCCAGCGCCCCCCAGGAGUUGAACCCCGCCGUGACAGCCGCCUUGCUGCAACUUUUAUCCCAGCCUGAAGCAGAGCCUCCUGGCCACCUGCCACAUGAGCACCAGGCCUUGAGACCAAUGGAGUACUCCACCCGACCCCAUCCAAACAGGACUUACGGAAACACUGAUGGGCCUGAAACAGGUUUCAGUGCCACUGACACUGAUGAACGCAACUCUGGUCCAGCCUUGACAGAAUCCUUGGUCCAGACCCUGGUGAAGAACAGGACCUUCUCAGGCUCUGUGAGCCACCUUGGGGAGUCCAGCAGUUACCAGGGCACAGGGUCAGUGCAGUUCCCAGGGGACCAGGACCUCCGUUUUGCCAGGGUUCCCAUAGCAUUACACUCGGUGGUCGGGCAACCAUUCCUGAAGGCUGAGGGAAGCAGCAACUCUGUGGUACAUGCAGAGACCAAAUUACAAAACUAUGGGGAGCUGGGGCCAGGAACCACUGGGGCCAGCAGCUCAGGAGCAAACCUUCACUGGGGGGCCCCAACUCAGUCUUCUACUUAUGGAAAACUCUAUCGGGGACCUACAAGAGUCCCACCAAGAGGGGGAAGAGGGAGAGGAGUUCCUUACUAACCCAGAAACUUCGGUGUUCUGAAAGAUUCCUUCCCUAUCCAUCUUUUCAUCCAGUCCUCUGAACCUUUAAUGAAAUCACUUGCCAGAGUGAGGUAAUCAUCUGCAUUUGGCUACUGCAAAGCUGUCCGUUGUAUUCCUUGCUCACUUGCUAUUAGCAGGCGACUUACAAAAUAAUGAUGUGGGCAUCAGUUCCCCCUGGAUGGGUUAUAGCCAGAACAUGUACUUCAACUCUGUCUAGGAGAUACAGUAGAGAAUAUGGAGAGGGUCAUUAAAUUGAAAAGUCAAGGUUAUAUUAGUUUAUUGCCUGCAUUUCUUGAGCAGAAGAGAGAACAGUUUGUUUUGAGAUGGCUCAGGAGAGGCUCUCUUUGGCUUUUAAAGUUUUGGGAUUUUUGGUUGGUUGGAUUUUUUUUUUAAAGGUUUCUUUCUUUUGAAUUUUAAUUUAGAUUUUUUCCCCUUUAAAGAGAAUAGUGUUCACAAAAUUUGAACUGUUCUUAGGCUUUUGCUAGAAGGAAAACAGUGGUCUGGCUGAUUUAAAUAAAUGUUUCCUUCCUCUCCACAUCUCACUAUUUUUGCUUUUAAGUGAACACCCCUCUCCCCCACAAUUGAGCAUCUUGACCGUAUCUUUUUUCCAAGUAAAUUACUCAUCCUUAAAGUUUACUACACUUUGACAAAGGAUAUGCCCCUUUCCCUGCACAUAAAGCAGGUUGUAGAAAGUGGCAUUUAGGGGCAAGUAGGUAAACUUGCCCAGUUUCUUUCCUUUUGCCCAGUUUCUUUCCCGCCAUCUCUUGUCUCUACCUCUCCCUCUCUGGCCCCUCCUUCUCUACCUUCUCCAUCCUCCUUUGUUUUUGAGGCAUUUGUUUGGAAAAAACAUCGUUGAGAUGCCCAAGAACCUGGAAUUUUUUUUUUUUUAAUAAAGGAAAGGAAAUUCAAACUCCUACAUUGUUCUCUGUAACUCUUCAAUUCCAAAAUGUUUUUUUUUUUUUUUAAAAAAAAACAUGUUCUGAUGGGGAAAUUGAUUUGUAAAUGUGGAUAGCCUAGGACAUUGCUCUGAGCUGUGGUUAUAAAGAUGAUGCCUCCAUAUACCUAGAGGGCUAAUGAGAGCAGUUAGUUUAUUGUUUACACAUAUAUUUUUAUGUCAAAAAAGAAAAAAAAACGUUUCAAACAGAGCAUUGUGAUAUUGUCAAAGAGGGAAAAAGCCCUGAAAAUACAUGGAAAUGUAACCUAGUUUAGGGUGGUAUUUUUUUGAAGAUACAUCAACACCUGAUACCUUUUUUAAAAAAUAAUUUAAAAACAACAUAUCGUGAAAAAAAAAAAAGAAAAAAACAGUAUUGACAUGUACACAUCCCAGCAUGUAUAUCCUUCCAAUUAUUUAGGGAUUUUCCUCCACAGAGAUUUGAUUUUGGUUUUGGUUUUGGUAAAAAGGUUAAAAUGUAACUUCCUGGCAAUAAUUUUGCCUUAUCAUAUAAAYAGGAAAUGGAAGAAAAAAACUCUCAGGGUUGGAUAACUUGGGAGGUAUCUCAUUCUGGCUUCCAUUUCUAAAAGUACCAGCAUAUGGAGUGUUUUAAAAACAGAUACAUGUCAUAUAAUUUAUCUGCACAGACUUAGACCUUCGUGAAAUAUAGGUUAGUCCCUUUUUACAAAGAAAAGGCAAACAUUCUUUCGAAUCUUGGAGAAUAGUUUAAAGCUCAAGUGAAGUUUCAUGUUUCAAUGCCAAGUUCUUAUAUUAAAAAAUAAAAUCUACUUAUGACAGAAAGGUGCAUUAAUUUAAAAAACUUUAAAGAACCCUCUUCAGAUACUUACAUGAAGAUUAUUUCCCCUGUUACUGAAAAGAUAGAUGUUGGUGUGUGUAUUUGUUUAUUAUUCUCUGGUUUUUGGUCUGGCCUUGCCCUCAGGGCCAAACAUUGAUUAAUAAGAGAACCUUCUAGCCUUUUUGGUUUAAUGGCGUUUUAUACCAGUGUGUCAAAUUAGAUUUUCUAGGCACACUGAUAUACUAUCAGUAAAUUGCAUUAAAAAUUCAUCUAAACCUUCUGUCUGUUGACUUCUUAGUCCUCAGACAGGGGCCUUUGUAUUUUAGAAUAUUUGAAUUUGAGGUAUUGGUCACCCUCCCCUGUUUUUGAUUAAAGAAGCUGAGCCUGGGAUACUUUUUAAAGUAUCUGUUCAGUGAAAACAGAAUUGUUUUCCCAUUGAAUAUGAAUAAAAGUAUCUAUUUUUCAUUGUAUUUUGGUUAUCAGCAGUCACCAAUAAUGUUUUUCCCUCCCCUCUCCCACUCCUUAUUUUUAAUUAUGCCAAAUAUUCUGAAUAAUAUACUUAAGCUUCCAUUCCCCCAACCCUACUAGGGAAGGGGGUGGGUGUAUGUGUGUGAAUGUAUGUGUAUGUAUGGUCCCAUCUCACCCCCACCCCCAUUUUGGGAGCAUGACCUUUAAAAUGGGGGGGGGAAGUUUGGGAAGUUUUGACUAUUUCUAAAAGCAGAGGGGGAAAAGAUCUCAAAUAUCCUGGAAAUCUGUGUGAAGGAAGAAAAGGUAUUUCAUAAUUUUCCAGCUUAUGUUAUCUAUAAACAUGAUGGAAGUAAAGGUUUGGCUGAAUUUCAACUUGACUAUUGGAAAGUUACAAAUCCGAUUAAUUCCAUUCAAAAGUGGUUUUGGUUUUGUCUUAACUAUUGUACCGUGGAAGAUAUUAAGUCUAUUAAAUACAUUAUUUUGAACAGAUGAGAAAUCUGAUUCUGUUCCUGAAUGAGAGGCAAAACUGGUUUGACCAUGAUUUUGAAAACAAAUUUGCUUGACCCAGUUUCUUUAGUUGUUUUCUUCAACUGUCCAUAGGAAACAUAAGGAUUUGAAAACAUCAUCAGAUCUAAAUGUUUAAAGCCAGGGCAGUUAGCACAAAUUUGUAAGUAGGACUUCUGUUAGCUUAUGCCAUAGACAUCACCCAACCACUUGUAUGUGUGUGUGUAUAUAUAAUAUGCAUAUAUAGUUACAGUGCUAAAUGGUUACCAGCAGGUUU